GGCAGUCAGUUAGUGAGACGCGCGCUCAGGUGCUGUGUAUACGGGGUCGCACCCGCUCUCUACCGAGCUCUCUCCACUCUCUCGGGACUUACUGCUACACACGCACACACACACACGUAUAGUGUUGUGUAUAUUAGAAAGAUAUUGUGUAUGCUAUAGUUAAUUUAUAAACGGUGAAAUAUUUGUUCAUAGAAAAGUAUAUUUGUCUAAGUGUUUUAUAUCACGGUUGGUGUUAUAUAUACGACAAUAAGGAGACUAUGAGUGUACAAGGUGUACAGGAAGUGAUACUUGAGGCGUCAGUGUGAAGGAGCGCCACAGGCCUCAGUGGUGGUGGUGGUUUAGGCUCCUGAGCGGGGUUAUGGCGCAGCUCAGUCCUCCACGUUAGCAUGUUAACGGAGGUGUUGUCGCGGGUGGUGGUGCUUUCGCAGGAGGUGGCCCGCUCCUUGGGGGUCAUGUGGCCACACAACGACGGGCGAGAGCCAGACGUGGGGGAGUGCGCCCCCCGCUGGACCAGCCCUACGGACAUGGCGGCAUUGGGCAGCGUGGUGUGUGUGCCACCCUCGCCACACACUCGUGGCCCCCCCAUCACGCGCCUCCUCUCCAACUCUCCCCCAAACUGUGAUACUAGUGAUAAUAAGGACUGUGAUGUGGUGCGGGCGGGGCUUCCUUGUUGCUAUAUGGACGACCACGAGCUAGGCGACACGGCCGCCACUCCCGCGCCCGCCAGUACGGUGACGCGGCUACAGUUACCUCUCACGGACCCCAGGUGUGACAGUGACAAUGACAGUGGGUUAGUGAGCUGCGGGGACAGUGACCACACGCACACUCAUGAUAACGGGGACACGCUCGUGCCACCUUUCCUCUUGUGUGAUAAUGAGCCGCCCGUCCUGGCCGCCCCCGCCACAGACUCUCCCAUCCCCUUCCGUCCAGACUUUGACCAUGCGGUGCCACUCAAUAUGGACCACCUGGCGUCCAAGUACCAUACUAUUACGCCGCCCGCUUUUUCUCACAUCCACGCCCCUGGUGACCACUUGGCCAACCCUUGGUCCAGGUCACGCAGUAGCCGUUACGAGGACCAGGGCUUCGGUGAUCUGUCGCGGCGGGACCACACGGCCCUCAGCGACCCUCACCAGGACCACGCUGUGUUCAGUGAGCCAAGCCCCGUCCUCAACAACGACUCCAGCACCCACAACUACCUCACCAUAACCUCCACUUGUAACAAUAACAAGUUGAACAAUAAGAAAAAGAACAAGGAGAGGGGUGUUGAGGUGAGGAGUAGCGGGGAGGAGGACGAGGCUCUGGGUCACUUGGAGAACUUCCAGUACCCGCCGGCCCCAGAACGUUCAGAGAACCCCUUCGACUCCACCUUCAAGAGGGCGCUAAACACCACAUACAGACGCUUCAGAUUCAAAAAGGAAGCAGAUGGUGAAUGCAAUGGCACCCACGAGAUUGAGCUAUGCGAGAUUAUGCCUGAAGGCCACGAGAAGGCAGACCCCAGCCAGUUUGAACUCCUCAAAGUCCUUGGCCAAGGAUCCUUUGGCAAGGUUUUUCUGGUGCGAAAGAUAAGUGGUCAGGAUACUGGUACUCUAUAUGCCAUGAAGGUGCUCAAGAAGGCCACACUUAAGGUGCGUGACAGAGUGCGGACCAAGAUGGAACGAGAUAUUCUCGCAGAUGUUAAUCAUCCAUUCGUAGUGAAGCUGCACUAUGCCUUCCAAACGGAGGGAAAACUCUACCUCAUACUAGAUUUCCUGAGGGGCGGAGAUCUCUUCACAAGACUAUCAAAAGAGAUCAUGUUCACAGAAGAGGAUGUUAAAUUUUAUUUAGCAGAAUUAGCAUUAGCAUUAGAUCAUCUUCAUUCAGUUGGUGUUAUCUACAGAGACCUAAAACCUGAAAACAUACUUCUAGAUGCAGAUGGCCACAUAUCCCUCACAGACUUUGGCCUGUGUAAGGAAGCACUAGAUGACCAGAAGGCAUAUAGUUUCUGUGGCACAGUAGAAUACAUGGCACCAGAGGUGGUUAACCGCAGGGGGCACAACACAGCUGCAGACUGGUGGUCAUUUGGUGUUCUUUUGUUUGAGAUGUUGACAGGAGCUUUACCAUUCCAAGGUGCAAACAGGAAGGAAACAAUGACAUUAAUUCUUAAAGCUAAGCUAGGGAUGCCAGCGUACCUGAGCCCAGAGGCACAGUCUCUCCUCCGGGCACUCUUCAAAAGGAACCCAGCCAACAGAUUAGGUGCAGGUCCAGAAGGAGUAGAAGAGUUAAAGCGUCAUCCAUUCUUUUCAUCCAUUGACUGGAGCAAACUGUAUAGUAAGGAAAUUGAACCACCCUUUAAGCCUGCUGUUUCAAAAGCAGACGAUACAUUUUACUUUGAUCAAGAGUUCACCACAAGGACACCUAAAGAUUCUCCUGGUGUUCCUCCAAGUGCCAAUGCCCAUCAAAUGUUUAAGGGGUUCAGCUUUGUAGCGCCCUUUUUAUUAGAUGAUCAAGUUGAUGGGGUGGAGAUAAUGCAGUCACACCCAGCUGAGAAGACAACACUUAGCAAGAGAUUAUCAGGUGUGAAACCUAACAGCAUACAUGAUGAGUAUGAUCUCUCUGAAGAGGUUGGUCGUGGCAGCUACAGUGUUUGUCGACGUUGUGUCCACCGGGUAACUAGGCAAGAAUAUGCUGUUAAAAUUAUACCCAAGAAGACUCGGGACUGCCAAGAAGAGAUUGAGAUACUCUACAGAUACGGCCAUCAUUCAAAUAUAAUUUCUUUACGAGAUGUUUAUGAAGAUGAUGCACAUGUGUACCUGGUGAUGGAGCUCAUGAAGGGAGGGGAGCUGCUAGACAAGAUCCUACGGCAGAAAUUUUUCUCAGAAAGGGAAGCUUCAGCUGUGUUGCUUACCUUAACUAAUGCCGUCCAGUACUUGCACCAAAAUGGGGUAGUCCACAGGGAUCUUAAGCCAUCAAAUAUUAUGUAUGCUGACAUCUCGGGAAGUCCAGAAUCAUUGAGGAUAUGUGAUUUUGGCUUUGCCAAACAACUCCGUGCAGAGAAUGGGCUUCUAAUGACGCCAUGUUACACUGCCAACUUUGUUGCCCCAGAAGUAUUGAAGAAACAAGGCUAUGAUGCUGCAUGUGACAUAUGGAGCUUAGGAGUGCUCCUCUACACAAUGUUGGCAGG